AUCUCACAUAAUAACAUGAUAAAUUCCUCCACUAGAACAAACCCCAUUAUCCUUCUCUUUCUACACCUUUUCUUGCAUUCUAAGCCUUGUAUUUUCCUUUUCUUUUUCUUUUUUUUUUUUUUAAUAAUUGAAUAAAAAUUUUCCCAAUUUAUAAACCCAAAAACCCAUUACACAGCUCCUCUGACCUCCCCAACUUUACUCAAAACAGGGGUACAACAGCCCCAGAACAACAAUGAACUCUGUCUGCAUAUCAAACUGUGUCAACGACGCACGUGAUCCGCGCGUGCCGGUCCGAGCCACUUACAUCAACCUCUACAAGUGGCCGGAAUCCGAUGCCGAGUUCGUGAAAUCGGUAAGCUCCAAUGGCAGGAGGAGUAAUGGUAGUUGUACUGGCCAUGGCCAUAGUCACAGCCAUGGCCAUAGCCAUUGCCAUCCAAGGGUGGUGGACAGCAUUUCAUGCCGGCAAAUGUACCUCCGGAGCUACAAAUUCUCGAAGAAAGAGACCAUGCCAGAGAAAACCAAGAAAUGUUUCGGCAGAGUGAAGGAGAAAAUGAGCCACGGCACUAAGAAGGGAGGGAAGUCCAAAGGUCGCAAGAGGAGUAAGUGUUUGGUUCUCAGGAAAGUGAAGGAAUUGUCUUGUGCUGCUUUGUUAAGAAUUUUCCAGAGGUUUUUGUCUUGCACUGCAAGUGUAGAUGUUGUGGAUCCAAAAGACUAGCUAACCAUGGUAUUUAAAUUAAAGUUUAUAGUUUGUUUAUUUUUGCUUUAAUCUUAUUUAUAAUUUAUAAUAAAGAAAGGUGUUUGGUUUGA